AGGAGAAAAAUGAAAGCUCGUGCUCCUCCUCCACCAAGUCAACCUUCUACAGCAAGUAGAAUUCACAGUGAGCGCAAGUCACCCGCAGACACAUCUUUGAUUUCUGAUCAGAACCUUGUGAGCAUGAAGGAGAACAUGAUAAACAGAUCGGUGGACUUCACAGUUAUUUUACCCAGCGGGGUGGAGCAGAAGAGCACAGUACAAGGAAGUAAAGCUGUGAUGGAUCUACUGGUUGAUCUGUGCAGCCAGUAUCGCUUAAAUCCAUCCCAACAUAGCCUUGAACUGAAGUCUUCAGGAACCCAGCAACCUCUGAGUUACAAGCCAAACACUUUGAUAGGAGCACUGGAUGUAGAGACGGUACUUCUGAAAGAGAAGGUUCCUGAAGAAAAGGUGAAGCGACCUCUGCCAAGGGUCCCUGAGAAAUCUGUGAGGCUGGUAGUGAACUACCUGAAAACGCAGAAGGCUGUGGUUCGAGUUAGUCCAGAGGUGCCUCUCCACAGCAUCAUCCCAGCUAUAUGUGAGAAGUGUGAAGUCAGUCAAGAGCACAUUGUUCUUCUGCGAGAUGGCAUCACUGGGGAGGAGCUGGAGCUUACCAAGUCCUUGGAGGAGCUGGGGAUAAAGGAGCUGUACGCCUGGGACAGAAAAAGAGAACCAAGUCGAAAGACUUCAGUAAGCAGUGAUGCAAUAGAAAAAGAAAAGACAAGACUUCUGGGAUUGUUUAAUGCUGAUAGAAGAAGCAGCAAGGGUUUUUCCACGGCACCAAAUUCCCCUUCGGUGAAUUCUCGUUGCAGUAGCCUGGGUUCAUCACUGUCUCUUGGUAACAUCUCAGGAAUGACAGCAAACCCAGAAGUGAAAAAGCGCAGAGCACCUCCUCCACCGGUUGUUACACCUGCAUUGCAGAACAUGGAGAUGAGUAGACAAGAAAAGACAGCAGCACAGAUUUCACAAGGAGGAUCCCUAAACGAUUUACAGAAAAAGAAGAGGCGUGCCCCUCUUCCACCUACUGCAUCUGCUCCACCCACUCCUGCCAUCCCAAACAGGACAGAAGAGAGGGAAGACAAGAGGAAGAGCACAAUGGGUGAUGGACGGCAAGUGCCACAAAAGCCUCCUAGAGCUAGCACCACCCGGGGUCCACCCCACUUAGUGAUCCCCCCACCCCCACCUUACCCUCCUCCUGACAGAGACAUUGUGGAUCCAACAGUGUGUUACAGAGAAGCAGAUGUUACAACACCAACAGAGCUGGUACCUAAACAGAGCCUGCUGCCUGCACAUGAUAAUGUUUAUGUAGUGGAUGACACGGUUCUGGAGCUAUCAGAGGUGGAAGAAACAGCAUCAGAAGGCAGCUGUUUUGCAUCUGAGGACACCACGGAAGACUCGGGUGUUGUGAGCUCUCCAUCUGACAUUGUAUCUUUGGAUUCACAAAGUGACAGUAUGAAGUUGAAAGACAUCAAGCUGGUCAAUGGCUACAUGGAAUCAGCUGAGGCAGAUGCAGUGUAUGGCACAGAGACAUGCUCUUUAAAGAACGCCUACUGCAAUAGCAUGGAAUCUGACAGUGCUCCACAGAGCAGGAGACAUGAAAAAAUCGCUUUGGCUAAGCAUGAGAAUGAGGAUGUACUCAUUGCUGCACAAUUCCAGCAGACUUUGGCUGGCCUGGAUGAACGUUUAGAAGCAGUGGAUGGUGUAAGUAACUCUGAGUACAUCAAUGAAGCGUUGAGCCCACAUACAAGAAAAGUUGAAGUAGCCCAAGAUGUUACCAAUUCUGUUCCAGUGACAGUAAUAGAUGAUGUUGCAGAAGUUAGCACCUCUAACUCAGCUGGAAAUCAAGAGAUGGAGGCAAGGCUUUCACAGAGUAUCUCAGCUGACUCUGCUAAUACAGGAAACUUUACAAAUAAGAACAACAAUGCAGGUUCCUUUAGUAAGGGGCACACGGAUGGUGGAGCUGUAUGCAUAUCCAAGGACCUAAUACAUCAGCAACCAUCUGAACAUGAAUUUAGUCACUUGCCUGUGGAACAGAGGAGAGAUAUGUUUGAAUCACUCACAUCCUCCUUCGAAAAGAGAAGUGAAAAGAACUUAAAACUGGACACCCCCCCCAAACAUGGUGUGAAGUCUGAGGAAUGUAAAUCUAAGCUGACUCCAUCUCACUCCAAGGCCACAGCUGAAAUCAGUACAGCAAAAGAGAAGAUAAAUCCAUUUAAUGAAUGUAGCAACAGAGAAAGAUCUCUGAAAAAAAGUAAAUCAGAAUUAGAAAUCAGAUGGCCACCAGCAAAAAAAAAUGAAGUAGAAGAAGUCCCAUCAACACCCACAUGGUGUCAUCGUGCCCAGAAUUCAGGAGCAAAUUAUGAACCUAAAAUGGGUUUGACAACCUUUAAAGUUGUCCCUCCAAAACCGGAAGUAAAACAUUUUGAUAGAGGAGUUUCACUCUCCACUGGUGCCAUUAAGAUAGAUGAACUAGGUAAUCUUAUAGGCCCAAACACCGGUGUCAGUAAGCACAUACCAGGUACCUCUGCUGAUGAAAGUGAGGAAAUCUGUCUUGGGAAAGUGAAGGCAUUCUGGAGGUCAAGUUCUAUGGAAAAGCAAAGUGAUGACUCUGCUGAGCAUCUUCCUAAAAAGUCAGCAGCCACCACGAAUUCUAAGCCCUUUACUAUAAAACAUGAACACAAACCUGUCUGUCUUGCAACUCCAAAACCUGUAGCACCACAAACUGUUACUAGCCAGGCAGCUGAAAGACAGUCUGAGAAUGAAAGGACCAAACCACCUCUUCCGGUUACACAGUCUCAGGUAACACCAUUAGUGGCCCCAACCAUUCAUAAGGACAAGCUAGAGCUUCCAUUUGUGAAGCCACAUAGGAGAACUUCAAGUCAGUAUGUUGCUUCUGCCAUUGCAAGACACAUCAACAUAACUACCUGUAAGUCUGACUCUAUUAUGGAAUAUCACGAGGAAGAUGAAAAUAAGCAAGGAGCAGGAGACGUUAAAACUGAAGCAGAAGGUUCACCAAAAAGAUGUAUUAUUGUGGCCAAAUACAGCCCUGUGGAAACAGAAUCAGCAGAAGCAAGAGAGACAUUUUCAAGUAUUUUUACUCGCAGUCAGAAAGCAUCACACAGGUUUACAACUGGUGAUAAUUCUGGCAUGGAAAACAAAGUGGUUAACAUCAGGGCACCAAAUCAAGCAACUCCUCUGACUUUCUAUAAAAAGAAUGCGAGUGUCCCACUUACUAAAUCCUCUUCAAAGGAUAACAGUGCAGAAGAUGAUCAUGGUUUAAACAGCAAACAAAGUAUAGCAGAGAAAAAGAUGCGUCUUUUAUUUGAUCAGAAAUGUGAGACUUUGACCCAUACUAAUUCAGCCUCAACUCUCAAGUCUCCUGAUCUCCAAGGAGUCCCAUCCCCUUUCAGCUCAUAUUUGCGAGUUGGUAAAUGGCCACCUGCUAAUGGUGCACAAGUCAGUUCACUUGAAGCUUCAACCGAGCUGAAUGGUGCAGCUGCAAACACAGAGUCAGAACAGGAGGAGAAACCGGAUGAUUUGGAUAUUAAUGCUGUCAGUGAACUGGAUGUUAGUGUGCAGACCAAUAUCUUUGGACCAAAGAAGAAGUUCAAACCCGUCGUGCAAAAGCCAGUACCAAAAGACACAUCACUGCACAGUGCCCUAAUGGAAGCCAUUCAAACAGGAGGGGGAAAGGAAAAGCUCAGAAAGGUUUCAGACAGUGCACUAAAUGCCAAUCACAGCAAACCUUCAUAUGCUGAGCCAGAGAAUGAGCGCUCAGCCCUACUAGCAGCAAUUAGAGGCCACAGUGGGACCUCAAAACUGAAAAAGAUCUCCUCAUUGGCCUCCAAGGAGCUGCAGAGUUUUAGGAAUAUGGAACUGUCCUGGCAGAAGGCAGAAGACCCUCAGGAGCAGCAGCUUUGUAUCCCGCCUGCCCCUGCCCAGCCGCCACCACCACCACCACCUCCCUCUCAGCUGUCAGCAGCAGUUCCUAAGUCCUCCGCCACGGCUACAUGUAACCCUGGGGAGGCAAGGCAAGCCCUGAUGGAGGCUAUUCGCUCAGGUGCUGGAGCAGCAAAGUUAAAAAAGGUAAAUGUACUUUUAGAUUUAUUGUAG